UAUUUGUUAGGUUCUAUCUAGCUGAACAUUCUAAAAGUUAGAAAGCUUAUAAGGUAUUUCAGAAAAAUGGUCACUUUUGGAAAAAUUGCUGAAAAUGCUUAUUUUUAAAAACAGCGGAAAAAUUGAGCAAAACAUCCCCAAUUUUCUGGUUUCCCGGUAUUCUGGAUCCCAAAUAAAAGGAUGUUUUGGAACAUUGGAUCAAAAUUGUUUGCCCCUGGUGUUUCCUCCAGAUGUGUUGGAGCACAAAACUUCGCAUUUCCUAGUGGUAAAAGAUUGGUUUGGAAGCAUUUCGGGAACCGCUCUUUCCAUCUUGGAAGAAAAACUAACAACAGCAGACGCAUUGUGUACAGGAGUGUAAAAUAUGCUGUACUUGGCAGCGUCACAAUCGGACCCUUUGUUUGUUAUCAGCUCUUAGAUUCUUAUCGAAAGAGACAAGUGGAUGUGACACUUUCCGGUAUCGUAAGAUUUUUCAGAUCUCUUGUUGUUGGUUUAGCAAUUUCUGUUGAUUACUGGAUAAAAUUGUAUGGAUUAGAUGAGGAUUCCAAAGAAUACGAGGAGGCUAUUAAAAAAUGCCAUCAAGUUUCUGCAAAUCGACUUCUUCAAGGCUGUCUCAAAAACGGUGGCCUCUACAUCAAGCUGGGGCAGGGGCUGGUGUCCCUCAAUCACAUUUUACCCCCUGAGUAUGUUGAAAUUCUUUCUGCUCUGCAUGACAAGGCCCUCGCUCGUAAAGAGGAAGAGCUUGAAACUUUAUUCAAAGAAGAUUUUGGGAAGUUGCCAGAAGAAAUUUUUGCAGAAUUCAACAGGAAACCUAUCGCUGCUGCCAGUCUAGCUCAGGUUUUUAAAGCUGUUACUCAUAAUGGAGAAACUGUGGCUGUUAAGGCCCAAUAUAUUGAUUUGCGUCAACGGUUUAGUGGUGACACUAACACCAUCUACCUCUUGCUAACACUUAUUGGUUGGAUGCAUCCAAACUUCAACUUUUCUUGGGUAAUGGAUUAUCUGAAAGAAAGUUUGUCAGAAGAGUUAGACUUUGUCCAUGAAGGCAGAAAUAUGGAAAGAUGUGCAAAAGAUCUCAAGCACCUGUCUUACGUUUACGUUCCGGAAGUGCACUGGAAAUUGAGCACAGAGCGAAUUUUGACUGCUGAAUUUAUAGAUGGUGUAAGCAUUAGUGAUGUAAAUGGAAUUACAAAAUUGGGACUAGACAUUGCAGAUGUUGGAAACAAAGUGGUUCGAACUUUUGCGGAACAAAUAUUCCACACGGGAUUCGUGCAUGCCGAUCCUCAUCCUGGCAACGUUUUUGUGAGGAAGGGAAAGAACAACAGUGCACAGAUUGUAUUGCUGGACCAUGGUCUGUAUGAAUAUUUGCCGGAAAAGAAUCGCAUCUCCUUGUGCAGGCUGUGGAAAUCAAUUGUACUGAACGACCAUCGCCUCAUGAAAAAACAUUGUGAAGAACUGGACGUCAAAAAUUAUUAUUUGUUCUGCGAAAUUCUGAUGCAGAGGCCGCUGCAUCGGAAGCAGAUGCACAUCCCGAAUCGUCUCAGCGAUGCUGAUGCCGCAUACAUGAAAGAAAUGGCAAAGAACCAUUUUGACAGAAUCAUGAUUGUCAUACGCAGCUUGCCUCUCCCAAUGCUUCUAGUAUUUAG